ACUAUGUGUAUCAUGUUUGGUUGAAUGGGGUAGAUAUGAUUAGACACAGUGUUACUUUUAUUCAACAUGACAACACAUUGACAUGCAUUUGUAAGAUGUUUUCUGAAGUUGGCAUUUUUUGUAGACACAUUUUGCGUAUAUAUAAUGUUCAUCGUGUCAAAUGUAUUCCCCAAGUUUAUAUACUCUCUAGAUGGACAAAGGUUGCCAUUCUGCCAAAUGUUAAUCUUUCUCUUACGCACGGAACCGAUAUUAUGUUUGGCAAAAUAUUGGAAGAUUCUGUUUGGAGAGUGCAAAUGACUAGGAAAUUCAACACAGUAUUGAGUGCAAGUGUUGGUUUUCCUGAAGCUAGACGAGUAUGUGAGCAAGGAUACGAGUCUAUUAAACAUUUUUUAGAUACACAAAGAGAUGCUUCUGUUGUGGAUGAAUCUGCUUCAAGGACAAUAUUGGAUCCUCCACGGUCUCGUUCUAAAGGUCAACGAAAUACCCGAAAGAGAAGUAUUGUUGAGAAACAGUGCAAAAUAGUCAAAGCUCGUCGUUCCAAAUCCCAAAAUGUUGCCUCCAAUUCAAAAGCAGUUGCUCAAUCUGUUGGCACUGUUAAUUUCAUGGUUCCACAAGGUUAUGUACUUGCUCAUCCAGUUGGAGGAAUGACGUAUUUAAUGCAUGUGCCUGGAUCUCCAUAAGUUUUUGCUCCAUACUUCAUGCAAUCCAAUGCUUUGAACCAAGAGCAGAAUUAGUUAUAGUCACACAUGUUUGAAAAAACAAAUGCUUUGAGG